AUGGCUCGUCAAAGGAAAGAACCCAAGGCGAAAGACGUUCCUCUUUCUCACCCGGACCGUUCCGGCCCCAAGGGGCCAACCCUGCUCGAUAUUGCCCAGGAGAAGAAUCUCUUUGCUCAAGCCACGGCUCGUGAACGCGCGCUCAAAGCGGAGAAGCAGGCAAGCGGCGACGAGAUCGACGGCCAGACGCUGAGCCCGCAAGCAGAGAGGGUGUUGGAAACUUUGCUGUGGACCUUGACGCUGGCUCUGCUUCACUUGACCUUUGACGUGCUGGUGCAGCAUCAGUAUGGAACCGAGGUCGAGUGGAGCAGUGUGAGUUUGAGGACAGCCAGAGCGUGGAUCGCGAGUGUUGUGGCCGGCUGCUACUUGAUUCAUAUCAGCAAUGAGUUUGGUUAUCUAGCGGUCAUGAAGCAAGCACCGCCAUUGGGGUGCAUCUGGGUGUGGUCUGUGAUUGAGCUCGACCUGCCUUGGGCCGUACUCAGUCUCGCGGUAGCGGGAGGCUAUCUGUGGUAUGGAGGGUACAGCGUCUACUGA